GGCCCGUGACAUCCUGAGGGCCUCUCAGACGGUGUCCGCGCAGCGGGAAGCACCGCGUACCGAGCCUCCCUCUUUCCCUCCCGCCAUGCAGCGCGCUCACUGACACCGGCCAUGCCCGCCACCUGCCGCCCGGACAGCAGCCCCGGGUGAGGAGGAGGAAGCCGCCGCCAUGUCCGUCAGCGGGUUCACCGACCUGCGGGAGAAGCUGCAGUCACUGUACCGGGACAGCCCCAAGGAGUCCGGCAAGAGGAAGCACCCGGCGUCGGACACGGAGGAGGAGGCGGGGGCCGUGUCCGAGCCGGAGGAGGAGGAGGCCCGCAAGGUGCGCAGCGGGAUCCGCCAGCUCCGGCUCUUCAGCCCCGCGGAGUGCGCGCUCAUCGAGUCCCGCAUCGACGACGUGGUGUCCCGGGCCGAGAAGGGGAUGUACCGGGAGCACACGGUGGACCGGGCGCCGCUCCGCAACAAGUACUUCUUCGGCGAGGGCUACACGUACGGCGCCCAGCUGCAAAAACGGGGCCCCGGCCAGGAGCGGCUCUACCCCCCGGGCCAGGUGGACGACAUCCCGGACUGGGUGCACGAGCUGGUCAUCCGCCGCCUGGUGGAGCGGAACGUCAUCCCCGAGGGCUUCGUCAACAGCGCCGUCAUCAACGACUACCAGCCCGGCGGCUGCAUCGUGUCCCACGUGGAUCCCAUCCACAUCUUCGAGCGACCCAUCGUGUCCGUGUCCUUCUUCAGCGACUCGGCGCUCUGCUUCGGCUGCAAGUUCCAGUUCAAACCCAUCCGGGUGUCCGACCCCGUGCUGCUCCUGCCGGUACAGCGGGGCAGCGUCACCGUGCUCAGCGGGUAUGCUGCAGAUGAUAUCACCCAUUGCAUCCGACCACAGGACAUCAAGGAAAGACGGGCUGUUGUCAUACUUAGAAAGACAAGGACAGAAGCUCCACGUCUAGAAACAAAGUCCCUGAGUAGCAGUUACAAUCAUGAACAUCUCUCCGGCAGUAACAGGCAGCAUGUCCUGAAACCAAAACGGUCACAUCGUAAAGCCGAUCCGGAUGCAGCUCACAGACCCCGGAUUCUAGAAAUGGAUAAAGAAGAAAACAGACGUUCUGUGCUUUUACCAAAGCCGAGGAGGCGGAGUAACUUUAGCUCUGAGAACUAUUGGCGACGGUCUUAUGAAUAUGUGGAUACCUACUCAGAAAUAGGAGAUGAUGAGGGAAGCCCAGCUCGCAAAGUUAAAAUGAGGCGUCAUUGAGGCAGCAGGUUUUUUUUGUUUUUUUGUUUUUUUGUAGACUGCUCGCCAGGUUGGUUAACUUGGAGACUUUAUAAAGUUUGUUCCUUCACCAUUUCAUCCACAAUUGACACCAUGAUUGCAGGAGUAUAUUGGAAGUCCACACUCCCUCCAUCCUGCACAUCUUUCUACCAAGACAGUUUGUUCUGGAUGCAUUUUCACCACUUUUUUUUUUU